AUGAAUGGACUUGGAAUACUAUUGAAAAAACUUGCUGUUCGCGUAAAUUUCAAGAUCGACCCUCAUCCAGAUGAAGUCGACUCCAUCCCGUCUCGCGACGCUGAUCGCACCAUCAAAGUCCAUGUCUACAGAGGUCAAGAAGCAUCGAACCCUUCUCCGGUUCUUAUCGACUUCUGUGGCAGCGGCUUUAUGCUCACCUCAUUCGGCCCCGAAGACGAGUUCUGCCGAUACAUCGCACAUCACACAGGCUACACGGUGAUUGAGCGCAGGCGCUGCAUAGCACUGGCGAUAUCGUCGUUCUCGCCCACCUGCAGAGUCAAGGAGAGCGACGACUCGCUCAUCCGCUCCGUGAUCUGCUUCUCCGGCGUGACGGACGUCUCCGUGCGCACGACGGCCAAGAAGGCAGUGCAGAAAUCCAGCUUCGUGAUCCGGACGAUCUUUCCCCGCUUUCCCGAGUUCUGCCACUCGUGCCACCGCAACCCGAGCGUCGCCGAUCUGAGAGAUCCGCGGCUGUCGCCGUUGUAUGCCGAUCCGGCGCGCUUUCCGAUGAAUCUGCUGAUCGGCACUGCGGCGCAAGAUCCGUUUACCCUUGAAGGAGAGGAGCUUGCGGGAGGGGUUCGGAGGGUGGGAGGUCAUAACGUUGUGUGUCAUCGGACGGAGGGGUGUGAGCAUGGGUGGGACAAAGAGGCCAAGAGGGGGACGAGGCAGUGA